UACACCAUCAAUCCUGCAGAUGGCGCCACGGGUUUCACACCGCCCUUAAAAAAGACGAAACGUCACGCUUUUCUUUGUUUUUCUAUUCUUUCAAAAUGGCGGCUCGCAGGAGGCUCAAACGCGUGGCUUCCUCCCAGCCGGGAUUUUUAAGUUUUAAGUCCCCUUCGGAUACGACAGCGUCUGUUGGUAGCCGGAGAAAACGAGUGAACAAGAAUAAAAAGAAGAACUGGAACAAAUACAGCGAUGUUAAUGACGUAGAUGAGUUUUUAGAGGACAUCAGGCACCAGGAGAGAACCACCGGGGGUCUGCUAUCUGAGAAAACAGACGACAGCUUGUUUUUUUUGGAUCUUGGACAGCCAGAGAAACCACAACCACAAGCUGAAACUCCACAAGCUGAUGAAGGGAAGAAGAGAAGAGGGAAAGCUUCACGUCCUUUGAGGAUAGACCUCAUCCUUCAGCCAGAUUCUCUGGUUCCUCCUCCUAAAGAUAUUCUGGCCUACCAGCAACCAAAUGCCAAGAAACUCCGUCGGAUCGCCCAGAAGGCCGAGCAGCUGGCAGCCAAAGGCGUGGUGCCACGGAAACAGAAACGGCUGCUGAACAGACGGCCCGUCGACAAGACCGUGAAGAAGGCUGUGACAGAGGCCAACAACAACCCAGACCGAGACUAUUACGACAUAUGGGGACAAGAACCCAAAGUUUCAGCUGAUCCCUGGUAUCUGCAACAGACUGGGAAGAAGUUGGUUAAGCGUCCAGAGAAGCUGAAUGAGAAGCCGUCCGUUCUUCCUGCUGUGGAGGUGAUCUCUCCGGGUGGAUCCUACAACCCGGACUUCUUUUCCCACCAGGCGUUGCUCCAGGAAGCCCAUCAGGUGGAGGUCCAGAAAAAAAAGCAAGAGGACAAGUUGGAGAGGCAGCUGGCCAUCAAUAAAGAGGACAAAGCUACAGAGGAGACAAAUCUUCGUGAGCAAGUGGAAGGUUUAGUGGAGGAGGAGGAGGAGGAGGAGAAUAAUGACGAAGAGUCGGCUCCUUCAAAGGAAGAUGAGGAAGCAGCGCUGGCGGCCAUCGCUGUGACUCAGAAAAAAACCGAGAAACAGAUAAAGAAAGAGAAGGCAGAAAAACUUAAGGUAUAUCACACACUAAU